AUGACCAUGAAACCAAUCAACUGCCUAAGAGGCCGAGCUAUGCACCUCAGAAGCCUGGCCAUCCCUGCACGUCAAAUAUCACCAAUCAAAUCAUGCAUCGCGCAAUAUAGCUCCCACUCACCAAUGGGCGCAACAACCACCAACACACGCAAAAAAGUAACAAUUCAAACCAUUCAAAACCUCUACAAAAAGAAUGAACCCAUCACUGUCCUCACAGCAUCCGAUUUCCCUAGCGGCCAUGUCGCCGACACUGCCGGAAUGGAAAUCGUGCUCGUAGGCGACAGCCUCGCAAUGGUCGCAAUGGGCAUGGAAGAUACAAACGAAGUAACAAUGGACGAGAUGCUUCUCCACUGUCGCAGUGUAAACCGCGCUGUCAAGAGUGCCUUUACAAUCGCAGACCUACCCAUGGGCUCAUACGAAACAACCCCAGAAAAAGCCCUAACAUCCGCAAUCCGGAUGGUAAAAGAGGGCGGUAUGAAAGGCGUGAAACUCGAAGGCGGAGCCGAGAUGGCCUCUACAAUCCGCAAGAUCUCCCAAGCCGGGAUCCCAGUCAUGGCGCACAUUGGACUAACGCCGCAGCGACAGCAUUCUCUCGGCGGGUUCCGCGUGCAGGGCAAGUCAGCCGCGGGCGCUGUGAAGCUUCUGCGGGAUGCGCUUGCUGUUCAGAAGGCCGGUGCUUGUAUGGUUCUUAUUGAGGCUGUGCCGCCUGAGAUUGCGGAGAUUGUUACGCGGCGACUGAGCGUGCCGACUAUUGGGAUUGGGUCUGGGAAUGGGUGUUCUGGACAGGUGCUUGUGCAGGUUGAUAUGGGGAGAUUUUUGCCUAAGUUUGUUAAGACUUAUGCGGAUGUUUGGGGGGAAGCGAGAAGGGGGGUUGAGGCUUAUAGGGAGGAGGUUAAGAGUAGGGUUUUUCCUUCGGCUGAGUAUACUUAUCCUGUUUCUAAGGAGGUUUUGGAGGAGUUUGAGAAGGUAGUUGAUGAGGUUGCGAAUGAGGAAUUAAUUAGCAAGUGUUGA